AUGACCAGAACCAACAAAUGGACAGUUCACGAAGCUAAAUCUAACCCAAAGUAUUUCACUCAUAACGGGAACUUUGGCGAAUCGCCAAAUCAUGUCAAGAGAGGAGGCUGCGGAAAGGGCAAUUGGGGCAAACCAGGUGACGAAAUCAAUGAUCUAAUUGAUUCUGGCGAGAUCAAGACCGUUUUCAACAAAAACAGAAGAGGCUCUAAUUCGCAAAACAAUGAGAGAAGGCUAUCCGAUUUACAGCAAUACCAUAUCUAG